GGAGAGGGGGGUUUUACACUGAGUCACGCAUGUUCGCAGAACUUUAAAAGCUUUCAACGGAUGACGUCAAUAACAGUCGUUCGGUACUUGUGAUGAAGAGUGAGUGGACCCGAUUGGUGCAGAACACGGAGUAUGAUUUUGCUGUCAUGGAGUAUAAUAGCGAUAUGCUUGCAUUGCGCUGCUGCACCACCGCCUGGUGGAGCUGAUCAUGAUUUGGUCGAGACCGUUCACGACUCAGUGGACCCAGCCGAGACAGAUCAUAACUCGAGUGAGACAGCCCAUGCCCCUUCUGAAACCGGUGACGCAACCCCCGUUGACCCCUCAAAGAUUCCACCCCCGCAUGAGGAAGAUGAGGGUGUGCACCGAGUGUUCACAGAAAACUACGCGGCCACUCAACCGGAGCUGAGUAAGAAAGCUUUCAAGAAUAGACAAGCGUUAUGGCCCAAAGCUGCCGUUAUUUAUCGCAUAGAUCCUUCCGUGGGUUGUCCAUUCUCCAAGAUGUGCAAACUUUUGAUGAGUGCCAUGACUCACUACGAAGAAAGAACCUGUGUACGAUUCAAGGAACGAAGUGGUGAAAGUGAUUACGUUGAUAUAUUUGUCAAUCAACAAAAUCGUGCUGCCUGCUAUUCAACACUCGGUCGAAUAGGUGGCAUUCAGAAAAUGUCUCUUGGUAAGGAUUGCUGGCUGGAGGGAAUCGUCAUCCAUGAAAUGGGUCACGCUCUAAGUUUCACUGAUGAACAAAAUCGCCCAGACAGGGAUAACUGGCUUUGGAUUUUCUGGGAAAAUAUCAUGCCUAACAUGUACCAUGCGUUUACGAAGGCUAGUCCUUACACAACGAACCUUCUUGAAGAGCCGUUGGAUUUCAAUUCUAUUAUGAUGUAUGAUGAGUAUGGAUUUUCUAAGGAUGGCAGGUCCCAAACAUUGAGAGCUAAAAAUAACGUGCACCUCAAACCAAUCUGGCUAAAAAACGGUUUAAGUAGCCUUGACAUCAAGAAAAUAAAUAAAUUAUAUAGGUGCAAAGGGGCGAACCAAAAACCGAGAUUCCCGGUCGACAUAAAUUGUACUUUCGAUGAUAAUUUCUGUGGUUUUAAAGGUAUCGAUGGAACUAAGGAUGGUCGAUGGCAAUGGGUUGCAAAACCUUCGGGGCUUUAUUCAUAUAUUUCGUCCGACGGAGGAUACCUCUUCACUGAUUAUGGCUCAGCUGAAAAUCAUGAUCUUCGAACCUGGUCCGUUAACUUCCAUGGUUUAAGCCCUCUUGACGAAGAGAGAGGACCCAAAGGUUGCUUAAGUUUCUCCUACGCUAUUUCAACUGAUGGAAAAGCUACAUUAAAGUUUAUGCAAACGUCUGUAGACUCUCCAUAUGCACGUCUAUAUGAACCGAAAGAAGCAAAAGAACUUUGGUCCACAUCAGAUCCUACCGGCAACCAAUGGUAUAAGACGCUUAUUCCCAUUGACGUGACAAAACCUUUCAUGAUUGAUAUCAGUUCACAAUAUGGAGAAGGCACGACGAGGGGCUCAGUCAAGGUGGACGAUUUAGAGGUAAAAUACACGCCGUGCACGACAACGCGAAAAAACGAGCCCCCUAAACCUCGCUUGACACCCUCCCCGAGUACAAGUUCGCCGAGUCGUCGUCGGGCAGCACCAGCGAGACCGCUUUCAUUACUCCAGACUUUCAGUUCUUUUUGGUUUGGUUAGGUCUUUUCCCGUCAUGUGUGUUUUAACAUUACAUCCGUGUUUUUUCUUCUUCGUCAA